AGUAUGGGAAGGCGAUAGUGGUAGUGGUAGGGUGAAUGAAUUCAUGAAAUCGAAACUCGGUCACGGUCCAACUCCCACUUUCUUCCACGGGAGCAAUUGUGCGAAACGAAAUCCUUUCGAUAAUGAAAUUGAAUAGGUUUACGAUACAUGAAAUUGAAUAGGUGUGAGUUUGGAGUGUUCCAAUUUGUAGCGAAUUUGGGUUUUUGUGUAGAUGCCAAUGACGGAUCAGAGUCUUGAGUUGCAGGAAUCCGGUUGGGAGGAGUUGAGGCGCGAGGCACGGAAGAUCGAGGGCGAUCUCGAUGUCAAGCUCUCCUCCUACGCCAAGCUUGGCACUCGGUUCACUCAAGGAGGUUAUGUGGAUUCUGGUUCAUCGCCUGUUGGUUCCAACAGAUCUUGGAAGUCUAUGGAAAUGGAAAUUCAAUCUUUGCUUGAGAAAUUGUUGGAUGCUAAUGAUUCAAUGAGUCGAUGUGCUGCAUCUGCAUCACCAGCUACCUCUGUAAAUCAAAAACUUGCAAGACACAGGGAUAUCCUUCAUGACUUUACACAGAAUUGGUAUAUUCGGCAACAUUGGAGUAAUAAAAGAAUGAGCGAUAUCUAUGUGCUUCAGGAAUUCAAACGAAUUAAAGGAAACAUUAACUCAAUGAGGGAACAUGCCGAACUUUUGAGUUCUGUCAGGGAUGACAUCAGCGAGUAUAAGUCAUCUGGAACCAUGUCACCAAAGAUGCAGUUACUGCGGGAGAGAGCUUCUAUUCAUGGAAGUAUUGCUCAUAUGGAUGAAGUGAUAAGUCAAGCCCAAACUACAAGGGCAGUGUUGGGCAAUCAAAGGGCUAUGUUUGGAGAUGUUCAAGGGAAAGUGAAGCUUCUAAGUGACAAAUUUCCAGUUAUUCGUGGCCUCCUAGGUUCAAUUAGAAGAAAGCGUUCGAGGGACACUCUUAUUCUGUCUGGAGUCAUUGCAGCUUGUACCUUGUUUCUCAUUGUCUAUUGGCUUUCAAAAUGAUUACAAGAGGUGCAAAUUUAAAAGUAUGGAGUUUUGUUUUUGUAAUUUUUUCUUUUUUUAAGCGACAUCGUGCGUGAAUUGAAGAUUUCUACCGUUUUUCUUGUGCCAUAAGAAUCAAAGCAUGUUUCUUUCUGUCACCAUUCUGGAAUUUCAAUUGAAGGUGAAAAUUUGAAGCCUUCAUGCUAA